AUGGCUUUUCCACUAAGGUUGUCAGAUUUAGGAGAUCAUUCUAACUCUCUGAUGGUAAAUGAGUCUGAUCCGUUGGAUACUGCGGACACCUGUGCGUAUCCGACCACUGCAGGGCUCAGUAAGGCAGUGUCCGUGUCUUUGGGUUUGGAUUCUGUGUCUUCUCCGCUCCACAACACGAACCAGUGCUCCAGCAGCGCCUUUACUGACUGCGACCCUAAUGUGGGGAUCAAUUCCAGAGUAAUGGCAGCCGAGUUAAGGGUGUCUCGAAUUACGAACCCAGACGGGGUGCGGUGUCAACCCCGUGAUAAAACCCACAGAGAGGAUGAUUUCAGAGAAGUGUGCCAUGACGCACAACAGGUGAGCUGUAUGGAUCUGCUCCGAUCGGGUGAAAUGGACUGCGCGCAGACCGUUACGCGCGGCCCGGUUAUCACCAGAUACGUGUGCAAGGAAUCAAACUUGUUUAUGAACCCGGUGGCAGAGCUCCCCGCGACCCCUCAAAUGGAUGGAAUGUCCCCUUUGAAACAAUAUUCAUCAUACUCUGCCAAUCCAAGCCUGUUCAGAGAUACGACGGGUGCGUGGUGCGCAAAUGAGCGCGCAUACAGCGAUGGAACCGAGCCAGAAAGAAGCGGACCAGGUGGACACAAUAUGUUGUGUAAAUACUGUAAUUGUGGGCAAAACCCACAUGGAUCCAGGCAAGGAUGUCAUUGUGUAUGGUACAACAAAAGCGAGCGGGUUGGUAAAGGUGACAUGCGCGCAGAGUACGACAAAAUGGAAAGUUACCCAAGUGCGGUUCUUCAAGGGCAGGUCUCAUACUCCAGCAUCAAGACCGAGCGUUCACCCUGGAUGGAUUGCCCAGAACAGACUUUCAGAUCUGAGGAGUUGUUCCCAGGUGUGUACCUGUCUGACAGAAGAGUGUGUCAGGUGUGUGGCGACGAUGCUUCAGGUUGUCACUACGGAGCAGUCACCUGUGGCAGCUGCAAAGUGUUUUUCAAAAGGGCCGCUGCAGGUAAGCAGAACCACCUGUGCGCCAGCCGAAACGACUGCACCAUCGACAAACUGAGGCGGAAAAACUGCGCCUCGUGUCGUUUGAAGAGAUGCUUCAUGUCUGGGAUGAGCCUUAAGGGGCGUAGGCUGAAGGGAGCUGGACAGACGAGGAACGUUGAGGAGGAGCAAAGCGCCGGUGCCUGGGGGUCCGGAGAAAGAGGAGAGAGGGUCUUGGAGCCCAGAAGUGCAAUUUCCCGGGGUCAAAGCGCAGCAUCCCAGGCGCUUGCUUUCGGCAUCCCGCCAACCCUGCGCUCCUGCCUGUCCCUGCUCAGUGUCCUGCAGGCCAUCGAACCGGCUGUGGUCAAUGCCGGACACGACCACGCCCAACCAGACAGCCCCGUGUCCUUGCUCACCAGUCUGAAUGAGCUGGGGGAGAGGCAGCUGGUGACUGUGGUGCGCUGGGCCAAGGCGAUACCAGGAUUCCGUGACCUCCACGUGGACGAUCAGAUGACAGUGAUCCAGUUGUCAUGGAUGGGGGUGAUGGUGUUUGCUUUGGGCUGGAGGUCCUACACACUUACAAACAGCUCUAUGCUCUACUUUGCUCCAGACCUGGUUUUCAAUGAUCAGCGGAUGCAAGUAUCCAGUAUGUACGAGCACUGUGUGCGGAUGAAGCUGCUGUCCCAAAGGUUUUGUAUGCUGAAGGUCACCCAAGAGGAGUUCCUCUGCAUGAAGGCGCUGGUCCUCUUCAGCAUCAUGCCAGUGGAUGGGCUGAAGAGCCAGCGUUGCUUUGAUGAACUGCGGACCUCCUACAUCAAGGAGCUGGACCGCUUGGCGAGUCACCACGGAGAGACCACCCGUACACAGAGACUGUUUCAGCUCACACAGCUGCUGGACUACCUCCAGUCGAUUGUGAGGAAGUUAUACCAGUUCACCUACGAUCUGUUCAUCCAAGCUCAAUCACUGCAGACCCGUGUCAACUUCCCAGAGAUGAUCUCGGAGAUUGUGAGCGUUCACGUGCCCAAGAUCCUCUCAGGCGUGGUCAAGCCCAUCCUGUUCCACAACACGGCCUAAAGAAACAGACAGAAAGAGUCUUGAUGAUUGAUGAUUUGUACAUCACAGCAGCUCAGGCGCUCAGUCCUGAUGGACCUGUAACGGCCAGAGAGGGUGUAUGAUCUCACGGGUUGAAAGAAGCUACAGAAUCACCAUGAGCCAAAGGGAGUCCAGCACAUUCUUCCAGUCUAUUGUAAUCUAAUCACAUUGUAACUGUUGUCAUAUGCACAGCUAACACUUCUGGAGCUAAAUACGUAGUUAAACCACUUUUUAGCAUGCAUUCCUCCACGUAAACCCAUGGUCAGCCCAGCAGCUAGCACGUAAACUUCUUCAACUCUUCACACUGACGAUAACACCUCCUAAUGUUUCAUGUUUGCAAAGUUCCCAUCACCAUAACUUGCCUGAGCAGUAGUACAGUCUUUUUCACAGUGACUGUUAUUGUGCAUACCUGAGCUGAACAAAGUUGUUGAUUGACUGUUAAUAAAUUAUUGUGGCAUGCACGCUAAGAAGCCAAACUGUCUCGCCUCAAGGCAGAUAAAACAUUGUUUGUUUGUCAGACGCUCUCAUCCAUAGAAAUACAUGGUUGACUAAUAGUUUUAGGUGUCGGUGCCAAAUGUGAAUGGUGCCAUGUUUUGCCUGUACACUUGUAAACUUCAAGUGACUCCAUAAUGUCCAUGAAUUUGCUUUGUAUACUGAUACAUUUCUGUAAUGACACACACACACACCAGAAACAAACUGAAGGAGAUAAUUGGAUAAAAGAAGCGACUAUGAACACUGUGGUAAACUUUUUUAAGCUUUGCUUGUUUUUGAGUGUUUAUUCAAGUACAGUUUUUCCACAAUUCAUACAUUUCCAACUUUUCUACCCUUGUAUUUUCUUAACAUGUUUUUUGCAAACUCUUUGCUGUGUGUGUCCUCAUGUACUCAUCACAAUUUGUGGGAAUUUUUUUGCUAAAUGUCCAUCAAAGAAUCUGCUCCUGUGCAACAUUUACUGCUUAACUUGUAAUAAAACUGCAGCAUGAGUGUUCA